AUGCUACAAAUUAAUUGGAUUAGUGCAACUAAACAUUAUCGAUACUGGUAAAACAGUGACAAGGCUGCCGAUUGUCUCUCCUUCCCCAUAUAGCCCAAAUCAUCAUUAAUUGUUCUUUUUUUUCCGGGUGCCUGAAGAUCGGUUAUGGCAGAAAAGAAGAAGAUGAAAAGCGAAGCUAGCAGCAGUAACAGUAAUAGCAGCGGUGGUCAAAAUAGUAGCAGAGCAGAAAGCGUCGUCAUGGAUGUUGGCCGCCGUCGGAACUCUUGCGGUUACUGCAGAUCCGCCAGUCAUACAAGUAUUUCUCACGGAUUAUGGGCUCUGAGUCUGACAGUUGAUGACUAUCAAGCUCUUCUUGAUAGAGGUUGGAGAAGGUCGGGCUGCUUUGUAUACAAACCUGAGAUGGAGAGGACAUGCUGUCCGUCGUAUACCAUCCGUCUCGAAGCCAGUGAAUUUGUUCCAACUAAAGAGCAACUUCGAGUAUCAAAACGAGUGCAAAGGUUUCUAGAUGGCACAUUGGAUGUUAGAAAACCAGAGAAAGUAAUGAAUGAAUGGAGUAUUAGUGGGGGAUCCUGCAGCUCUUCCCAAAAUGAAAGUGCAAACUGCAUGGCAAUGGAGUUUUCCUCAGGUGAUCACGAAGAACAGAAGAACCAAGGUGAACAGAUUAUACACUGCUUAUCAAACCAGAUAGAUAUUGUGGUUCAAGAAUAUGUUAAAAGCGCAUUUUCCUGUGAUCUUGAAUUGCCAAAAGCUUCUGUCAAAGUAGUUGCACCAGCUAAAAGAAAGUUACUUGUUGAAGGGUCAGAAGACUUAUUAUUCACCAGCAAUGUAUCAUUCCAGAUCUCUGCUGCUUUAAGACAAGCUAAGAAGGGCGUUGGACAUGUACAAUAUUCAAAGUGCAGUACAGAGGAAAAUGGUCAGUAUCCUGAGAUUUCUCCAAAAUUGAUUGCAGAAAUUCUUGCAAGGCACCUAAAGGAGGUGCCAGAAUCCUGUGGUUUGUCAAUUAGAGCUUGCAAUGGGCACAUUAAUUUCUAUUCUACUGGCAACCAAAAUAUGUACAAUGAUAUCGUUAAAAGUGGGACAAUGUGGAAGCAGCUACCUGCAGAAAGUGGUAGGAAACAUAGCUGCUUGAAUAAAAUCUUUGUAACUUCUCAAGGCAAAAGAAGGCAGCUUGAGAUUCGUUUGAGAAGGUCCAGUUAUGAUCCUGAAGAAUAUUCCUUGUACAGGAAGUACCAACUUAGAGUGCAUAAUGAUACUCCCGAUCAGGUCUCUGAAUUCUCAUACAGGAGAUUUCUGGUUGAUACUCCCUUAAUAUUUGUUCCUCCUACUGGAGAUGGUACAGUUCCCCCUUGUGGCUUUGGUUCUUUCCAUCAGCAGUACCUGAUCGACGGGCAGCUAGUUGCAGUUGGUGUAAUAGAUAUUCUUCCUAAAUGUUUGUCUAGUAAAUAUUUAUUCUGGGACCCAGACCUUGCCUUCUUAUCACUAGGUAAGUAUUCAGCCCUGGAAGAAAUAAGAUGGGUGAAAGAGAAUCAAGUACAUUGUCCCAGUCUACAAUACUAUUAUCUUGGUUAUUACAUUCACUCAUGCAACAAGAUGAGAUACAAAGCAGCUUAUCGACCCUCUGAACUCCUUUGCCCUCUUCGCUAUCAGUGGAUUCCAUUUGAUGUUGCGAAGCCCCUGCUUGACAGGAAAAGAUAUGUUGUUUUAUCUGAUUUUGCCUCAUUAACAAAGGGGGAGCCGUUGCCACCUACCACUCUUCAAAACCAUAUGGAAGAUCUCCAUGGUGAUCUCUUCAGUGAAUGCAAAGAUGAUGUAUUUAUUCAUGAGGACGUGGAAAUGAUUGAACUUGAUUCUGAAGAUUCUGAUGUUGACUCAGAGCCAGAAACUAGUUCUUCACCACCUGCAGCAGCUGAAGAUGGAGAUGUUGGUAAUAUCUUGAUUGGUAUGAAGUCAUUGCGGUUACGAUUUAAGGACCUGUGUCAAGCUUUUGGUUCCAGCGAAAGGAGGUACAUGGAAACCCAAUUGCAGAGAUACAUGAGAGCUGUUGGUGCCGAACUCUCUGAGCGCAUUGUGUAUCAGCCUGAUCUGCCAUUGACAAGAAUGCAAGAAAUAGACGAGUGAUUGAAAGGAAAAUCGGGACAGAUUGAAAUGAAACUUGCUGUCUGCGUGGAAUUUUAGAGUAACCGAUUGCUGAUCAGGUUGUGGAGUCUUGAAACAAAAGAAGAAAAAUUGGUGCUUAUUGAUUUUGGGUGAACUGAUUUUGAGUGGUUCACUUAGCAAGUUGUUCACCUUAAGUCUCAAAUUGCCUGUAAUCUGCUUCAAAGAUGUAAUCUUGACCGACCUUCAUGUUUUAAGUUAAAUGUAUGUCUUAAUUGCAAGACAAUGACCGAACACUUGCAAAUUCGAGACUAGCUAUAGAUGAUCAUUUUCAGUUUCAAACAGGGAUGAUACUAUUUGUGUUCUACUUUUCAUGAGGUCAUGCAUGACUUUCUUUUCUACAGUUUCUUUUGUAGGUGUUCUAGAAUAUUUAUGAAAGAGGAAAGACGAAGGAUUAUUGAUC